AUGCCGGGACUAGACACAGAUAUGGGACCUGAGAAGGAUGUGACAGAGAUGCUCCUUAAAAUUAAAGAAGAAGUUAAGAAGCAAUUCAAUGUUGGUUUCCUUCAAGUGUCCAAGUAUCCAGAAUUCUCAGGAUAUAAUCAGAUCAAGAUGCAUCCUAAAGACAUGGAGAAUACCACGUUCGUCACAAUGUGGGGAACUUUCUGCUUUAAGGUUAUGCCCUUCAAACUGAAUAAUGCUGGGGCAACGUAUCAGAGAGCUAUGGUGACCCUAUCCAUCGCUCCUCCAUUUUUCUCAUCUCCUCGUUUGCCCGUCUCUUCAAUUGAGCAAUACUACAAUGAGAGGGUCCUGCCUUCAAUCAUUCAUGAUACUUUGAAAGCCGUUGUUGCUCAAUACAAUGCUAGCCAGCUCAUCACUCAGAGAGAGAAUGUUAUUAAGGAAAUUCAGAAGAUUUUGACCGAGAGGACAACUAACUUCAAUAUUCAACUUGAUGAUGUGUACAUUACAAGUCUGACUUUCGGGAAGGAAUGCACUGCUGCAAUUAAGGCUAAACAAAUGGCUUUUGCUUUUUAA